GCGCUUUAUUCAAAUUAUUAACAUAUUUAGCAGCAACGAUAUUGAUCCAAGAUGAAAAUAUUAAGAACAUUGGUAUUCUUCUGUGUCUUGGCAUAUGGUUUCUGCCAAGAAGAAGACCAAUGUGAUUCUCAGUAUAAUGAUGAUAUUCUAGCAGGAUUUGAUUUCGAUGAUGCCGAUAAAUACCCUGAGGGUGAAAUAGCUGGGGCGGAAAAAGAACUCUCUAAACAGAAUGCAAGAGAUUAUGAGCAGUUAAAGAGUGACAAAGACGCUGCACAAAGCCUCAUUUCUUUAAAUAUCAAAGAGCAGUGGAUCGCACCACCACAACCUGCUAAUGCAUCGAUGUGUGAGUCUAAGUUCAGAUCAUUGAAUAUUGGUAAAACAUUUUGGUAUUAUGGUAAAAAGUGUUACGUGCUGAAACCCUGGUGGAAUACUGUUUUUACAGCUAUAACGUAUGCUGACUGCAAACCACAAUAUUGUAAGAAUGUUCCUUGCAUGUCCUGGAUGUUCCCAUACAGAUAUAAGUGUGUACAAAGCAACUAUAAAAUCUUCAACAUUUGGCUUUACUGUCCACAACCAUUCCCACGUAUACACAGACUACAACUGAAAGCUCCACAAUGUUGUGAAUGCAGGAAAUUCAAAGCACCUUGGAUUGCAUUGGAGGAUUUAACCAAAGGGUAGAGAAAUGAGCAUGUACUUUAAGUUUGAAUCAGAAACUACAAGAAAUUCAACUGCAUAUUGUGACGAAGACAUAAUUUUCGAAUAUUGUUUUUAGAAAUGACAUGUUUUGAAGAAAAAAACAUGUAAUUUUCCUUCACUUAUUAUAUCAGUAUUUUAUAAAUAAAAAGAUUUUUGUUCAAUUA